CUAGAACCGCGGCGCCCGUUUCUAUUAAUACGCGUUUCGGCGGCGGCGGCGGCGGCGGCGGCGAAGGGAAUCCCUGUGACGUCAUUGCUAGGAUACCAAACAAACACUCCGAGACAAGCCCAUAUAUGGCUAAUUGCGUCACAGGAACUCCGGAGAGGCGGGGCGAGGGAUCCCCCCGUUCCCCGCCCGUCACGGAGCCUCUUAAACGGCGGCGACGGCUCCGGGAGCUGCAGAACGACGGUGACAACGGUGGCGACGGCGACUGCGGGGUCUGGGGGGUCCCGGGGGGUCCGGAGCGGCGGUGGCGGCUGUUGUGACGUCAGAGAAGGGGGCGGGGCACCGCCGUAUAAAGCCGGCGGCGCGGCAGUGAGCAGUUCAUUCAUAAAAAGCGGAGACCGGGGGAAGCGGCGGGAGCUUUACCGGUACUUUAGCACCGGUGUUGGGGGGGGAGGGGGAAAACGAGCUUCUACCGGGCCUCGUAACGACCGAACCGGAGCCUGGGAAAAGAUUUACCGGAGCUUCGAGGGAUCAGCCGGGAUUUUCCAGCGGAGAACCGGAGCCUGAGAACGGACGUACCGGAGCUUAGAGAGACCAACCGGGACUUUGUAGCAGCGAACCGGAGCUUGGGAACGGACGUACUGGGGCCUUAUACCGUAGAACCGGGGGCCUAAACUGGACGAGCGGAGCCUGGGAUCGGACUUACUGGGGGUUUAUACCGGAGAACCGGGGGUCUAGACCGGAGGAGCGGAGCCUGGGAACGGACUUACCAGGGGUUUAUACCGGAGAACCAGGGAUCUAGACUGGAGCAGCGGACCCUGGGAACGGACUUACCUGGGGUCUAGACCGAAGGAGCGGAGCCUGAGAACGGACUUACGGGGGUUUAUACCAGAGCACCGGAGCUUCGGACGGACCAGCAGAGCCUGGAACGGCAGCACCGGCGCUUCGUACCGGCUUUUACCACGGAUGCCCCGGAGCUCAUAGCACCGGACCGGGACUUGCCCCCCGUAUAACCCCCCCUCUUGGCAGAGCCACCCACGGGGGGACCCCCCACCCCAAUCUCGGCGGCGGGGGGGGGGGCAGGGGCCUGGCGGAGCGGGAUGCCGGUAGCCUGAGCCCGCAGCCUUGGCGCGGCGGGGCCGCCCCCGCGCCCCCGGGGCCAUGUAUCAGGGCUUUCCCGGGGACUACGACUCAGGAUCCCGGUGCAGCUCCUCCCCCUCGGCGGAAUCCCAGUAUCUUUCCUCGGUCGAUUCCUUCGGGAGCCCGGGAGCGGCGGCGGCCGCGCAGGAGUGCAGCGGCCUGGGGGACAUGCCUGGCUCCUUCGUGCCCACGGUGACGGCCAUCACCACCAGCCAGGACCUGCAGUGGCUGGUGCAACCCACCCUCAUCUCCUCGGUGCAACCCACCCUCAUCUCCUCGGUGGCCCAGUCGCAGCCCCCCGGGGCACCCAUGGCGCACCCUCCCCCACCCGUCGAUCCCUACGAUCUUCCAGGACCAAGUUAUUCCACGCCGGGCAUGGGCGCCUUUGCCACAGGGUCAACAGCACCACCGGCACGUCCCACCCGCGCCCGGCCCCGGCGCAGCCGCGAGGAGACGUUGACGCCGGAGGAGGAGGAGAAGCGGCGGGUGCGGCGGGAGAGGAACAAGUUGGCAGCGGCCAAGUGCCGUAACCGGCGCCGGGAGCUGACGGAUCGGCUGCAGGCGGAGACAGACCAGCUGGAGGAGGAGAAAGCGGAGCUGGAGUCGGAGAUCGCGGAGCUGCAGAAGGAGAAGGACCGGCUGGAAUUCGUCCUGGUGGCCCACGCCCCUGCCUGCAAGCUCCCAUACGAGGACGUCGGUUCCUUGGGUGCCCAGAGGGAACCACCUGCGGAGCCUCGCAUCAGCGGAGCAGCAGCAGCGACCAGUCCUCGGACUCCUUGAAUUCUCCCUCGCUCCUCGCGUUGUGAACGGGGUCCCUCCCCUCCCCACCCAAACCUGGGCACCUCCCCCCUCCCCAGGUGGUGUUUUUGGGGCUUUUUUUUAAAACAUUUUUCCUUUUUAAUUUAAUUUUUUUUCCACCCCUUUCCCCUUGAUUUUUAGUUUUUUUGCACAUCCGUAGGCCCAGGGGUUGGAUGUUGGUGAGGUUCUGGUGCCUGGAUGGAGGGUGGCCGUGUGGUGGAGGUGGCCAUGUGAUGUGGUGCCAUCGUUCCUGUGGCAUCCAGGCUGCUUUAGAGGUGUCCCGUCCCCAUCCCCAUCAUCCCAUGGGGGUUUUGCACCAUCUCCACCCAUUUGGAGAUGUUCCUGCCUGAUUUCCACCACCUGGGGGAUGUUCCUGUGGUGUCUCAAUCACCUUUGAGGUGUCCAUCCCUGAUCCCCAUCAUCCAUGGGGGUUUUGCACCAUCUUAGUCAUUCUGGAGAUAUUCCUGCCUGAUUUCCACCACCUGGGGGAUGUCCCCAUGGUGUCUGCAUCACCUUUGAGGUGUCCGUCCCUGAUCCCCGUCAUUUCAUGGGGGUUCCUGCAGUGUCUCCAUAAUUUUGGAGAUGUUCCUACCUGAUUUCCACCACCUGGGGGAUGUGCCCAUGGUGUCUCCAUCACCUUAGAGGUGUCCGUCCCCCAUCCUUGUCAUCUCAUGGGGGGUUUUGCAGCAUCUCCAUUGCUUUGGAGAUGUUCCUGCCUGAUUUCCACCACCAGGGCAAGGUUCCUGUGGUGACUCCAUCACCUUAGAGGUGUCUGUCCCUGAUCCCUGUCAUCUCAUGGGGGGUUUUGCAGCAUCUCCAUAGCUCUGGAGAUGCCCAUGUUUGAUUUCCACCACCUGGGGAAUGUCCCCGUGGUGUCUCUAUCACCUUAGAGGUGUCUGUCCCCCAUCCUUGUCAUCUCAUGGGGGGUUUUGCAGCAUCUCCAUAGCUCUGGAGAUGCCCAUGUUUGAUUUCCACCACCUGGGGAAUGUCCCUGUGGUGUCUCUAUCACCUUAGAGGUGUCUGUCCCCCAUCCUUGUCAUCUCAUGGGGGUUUUUGCAGCAUCUCCAUCCCUCUGGAGAUGUCCAUGUCUGAUUUCCACCACCUGGGGGAUGUCCCCGUGGUGUCUCCAUCACCUUGGAGGUGUCCAUCCCCAAUCCCCAUCAUCCCAUGGGGGUUCCUGCGGCAUCUCCAUCCCUCUGGAGAUGUUCCUACCUGAUGUCAGUCACCCCAGCAAGGUCCCUGUGGCAUCUGUGACACUUCAGAGGUGUCUGUGCCUGAUUUCUGUUGUUCUGGGGGGCUCCCUGUGCCAUCUCCAUCCCUUUGGAGACGUCCAUACUGUAUGUCACUCACCCCAGGAAGGUCCCUGUGUCAUUUCUGUUACACUGGAGAUGUCUGUGUCAUCUCCAUCACCCUGAGGGGGGUGUCCAUGGGGCAUGUCCUUCACCCUGGAGGUGUUGGUGCCACAUUUCCAUCUCCCUUGGGAGAGUCCCUGUGGCAACUUCAUCACCUUCGAGGUGCCUGUGCCACCGCUGCACCAGUCCAUGGGGGUCCCUGCAGCAUCUCCAACCGCUUGGAGAUGCUUCCAUUCAAACUCCAUCACCCUGGGGGGAUCUGUGUGCACCAUGUGCCAUCUCCACCCCCACCCCCCAUGGUCUUCAUGCUCCAUACCCCCGUUCCCUUGGGGGUCCCAACCCCACCGCUGAUGCCAGGUCAUAGGGAGAUGCCCCCCCCCUCCCCCUCCAACACCUCCAGCACCCACAAUGGUGGGUGGGCUCCCAGCCUGCUUGUCCCCCACCCAACUGUGACCACCUCUCCCCCUUCCUCCCUCCCUGCACGGGUCCUGCUGGUGGCUCUGGCACCCCCAACCCUGCGCCGUGUUUUUCCCACCCCACCCCCCGUGACCAAGCUUUGCCAGCGUUGACUCUGUCCUCUCUCUAUAUUAUAUAUAUAUAUAUAUUUUUGUUGCGUGGGGCUGCCAGCCCCCGGGAGAUGUUUAAUUUUUUAUUAUUAUUAAUUAUUAUUAUUAAUUAUUAUUGCCUGUGCUGUAUUUGUGACUGUUCUGGGGGCAGCUCGGUGCCCCCCUCCCAUGUCCGCGCUCCACCCAUCCCAAAUGUGGCCAAUAAAGCAGCUUUGGAUCGGC